AUGCUGCUGUUCAUUUUUAAUGGGACACCCGAGUUGCCAUCAAUUAGCGUCAGCGUUUCGCUCGACAGGGAAGGAACUAUAGACCGAGACUUUUCAUUGGCAUACAGCGAAACCCGCUCGGUCGAUGCCCCACCAGGAGAGGAUUCCUACGAGCGGAACAUUACCCUCAGAAUGCCCGGAGGCAGCGAUGCGCAAUCUCGAUUGCUCGACAAAUUGACGCGUGGCGUUCGAUGUCGUGAAUUCUACCCGGCACAGGCUCCACCGCAACUUACCGCGUUGCCCAUGUUUUGUCGCGGGAAUCUGGCAAUACAUCCGGAAUUGGGGCCUGAGACUAGGUUGGGAGAGAGGUAUUUCGAGAUGGAUUCUUGGAUGUGGCCUGGAUUGAAGCCCGAUCAGGCGUAUCUCUUCUCGCGAGAUCUACGACCCGAAGAAUAUCUCGACAUCUAUUUGGAUGCAUUCCAAAAGUUGAUCAACUGCCCGGUGGUGCGUCUGAUGCAAUGCUAUGAAAAUGAGGCGGAAUGUAUCGACGCUCUUCCGACCAUUCAGCAACUAUUCGAAGCUAUUAUUCAAGCGCCGAGGAUCGAGAGGGAAGAUGGACGUCGUCUGGUGGAUAUGCCCGAGCUGGCUGCCAGAUAUGCAACAAUGAUGAAGGCUGUACGUGCGGUGAUGGACAGUCGACAGCCAAAUGAUGUUCCGCUGUACCAAGCCGAUCUGCCAAGCCCUCGGAUCUACUACACCGUCCCUCGCACUCCAACCACGGCCAAUUUGAUUAUAGCCCAGAACUACGCGUCGCCAUGGCAGGUCUACGCACAAAUAUUACAGUCGAAUACGAGGGACCGCAAUGAAACGAUGCCGCCACUACGCCGCCUGUGGCCACGCCCAACCGAUGACGCCAUG